AUGAGGUGCGCAAAGUUGACGCUGGGUGUUCUUCGCAGGUCGAGCAUCUCGCCAGGCUCUGCAGCUCUACAGUUAAUACAUAUUUUUGAUGUUAAAACGAGUUUUUAUCUUGUUUAUGAAAAAGCUAAUGGAGGGUCCUUACUUACUCAUAUUCAAGAACAAAAUACAUUCAGUGAGAAAGAAGCUAGAGAAAUAAUCAGAGACAUUUUGAGUGCACUAAUUUUUUUACACAGAAAAGUAUUGCACAUAGAGAUCUCAAACUGGGAAACAUUCUUUGACAGAGAAGAGAAUUGCUAUGCUUGCAAGGGAAAAGUUUUUAAUAACAUCCUAAAAGAUACCUAUGAUUUUCCUGAGGAGAAAUGGUCCUUUAAAUUAAAUGAAUCGAAGGAUAUAAUCAAGAACCUUCUUAUUAACAAUGCCAGCAGAAGGCUUGCGGCUGGGAUAUUCUUCAUCAUCCCUGGUUAUGCAGAGCUCCCAUUGUACAAAUAUUUUAAAUUAGAAUUAUUAUUGAUGUCUUUAAAAAAAUUCACUCAUGAAUGUUAA